CGAAUAUAAAAGGAAAUCAAAUUUAUCGCCAGUCAUGGAAUUCACCAUACACUCCUGUCCGCAGACAUCGGAUGUGCAAGUUCAAAUGGAAAAAUUAGGAAAGAAUCAUGGAAUACUCAUAUGUCGGGAAAAUCAAAAUGAAAAAGAAAAAAGUAACGAUAUUUUAAUAAAAAAAAAUAAAUACAAAUUGGACAUUUUGGAAAAAAUAUUGAAACGUUUGGGUUAUUGCAUUUUGGAUGAUCAAAGUAUAUCGUCGUCUAUCGGUUGUUACUCGAAUGAUAAACCAAGAUAUUUUAUUUUACGUAAAGUAGAGAAAUCACCUUUUAUUACUAACGAACAACAGGAAACCGACGAAAUUCUUUCUUCUAUUAAGGAAGUCAUUAUUUAUACAAAUAUUGCAGCAAAUAAUGUUAGAUUAGAUUCAAAUUUCGGUAACAAUAUAGCGGCCAUUUGCAAGAUUAUCAAGAAAUUCGAUGGUAUCGACAAAGUAUCUAAAAUUUUUAAAAUGUCUUGGAAAAAAACAGGUUUCUCUGAUACUUUACGACAUGGUAAUCGAUUAAUUGAGAUACAAGAUAACAUGAACGAUCAAUCGUGUUUAAAUUUUAAUCGAAAUUCACCAUUGAAACCUAUCGAAACGAUUAAUACGAAAUCAUUACGCGGCAAGAAACAUUCGUUUAAAUUUCUACGAAAAAUUUGUUUCUGUAUGAAUUUGUAAAUAAAACGAUUAAAGAGGUUCUCUUUCUAAACGUUUGAUUAAUUGACAAAAAAAAAAUAAGA